AUGUUUUCCUUGGGUCUCCUUUUGUUGGGCUGCAGCCAGCUUGCAUUCGCAAAGGUCGUCAAGUACGACUGGAGCAUUGAUUGGGUCAACAGGAACCCCGAUGGAGCUUUCCCCCGGCCUGUCAUUGGGAUCAAUGGCGAGUGGCCAUGCCCGCAGAUAGACGUUGACCUCGGAGAUCACCUCAUCGUCACCAUCUACAACAACCUUGGCAAUGAGUCAACCGGCCUUCAUUGGCAUGGACUGAACCAGUAUGGGCAUGCGACCAUGGACGGUUCUGCUGGAACAGCCCAAUGUCCAGUGCCUCCGAACAGCAGCUUCACCUAUUCCUUUCCAAUAAAUCAGACAGGCUCCUAUUGGUACCACUCGCAUACUCAAGGCCAAUACCCAGACGGGCUGCGGGGACCUCUCAUUGUUCACGACCCGAAUUUCCCCUACCAUUUCGACGAAGAAAUGACAAUGACGUUCUCGGAUUGGUACCAUGAGGAGAUGCCCACACUCCUGAAUUACUACCAAUCCACUGCCGAUGUCAACAAUAAUUCCAUCCAAUCCGGGCAGGCGCCAAUCCCAGUCGCGGGCCUCAUCAAUGACAGCCAGAACAAUACCAUCAAGGUGCUGCCAGGAAAGACAUACCUGAUUCACAUGAUCGACAUGGCGAACUUCCCCGGUGUCGCCGUCUACUUUGAUGGACAUCCUUUUACCGCCGUUGGAGUUGAUGGCACCACCGUCGAGAAAUACUACCUGGGGUCCGAAAUUCUGCGCCUCGCACCCGCCCAAAGAUGGGACAUACUAAUCACGACUAAAAACGAUACGAGCAAGAACUUUGUCAUCUUUGCGACUCUCGAUGUCAACAUGUUGUUCCCACCUCACGGUAUUCCGACGAUCGAGGGCUGGAACGGCAAUACGACAGCUUGGCUCGUCUACGAUGAAGCGAAGCCUCUACCGCCGCAAUUGACAUUCUACGAAUUCGAGUUCUUUGAUGAGGUCAACAAUCUCAUACCCUAUGACCGCAUGCCUCUACUUGAACCCGUGGACCGGCGCAUAGAGAUGACCUUGAACAACGCGACCUUUGACGGCAUCACUCGUUUCACCAUCAACAACAUCACCUACCUUCCCCAAAAGGUCCCAUCUCUCUACACUGCCCUCAGCGUUGGCAACUACAGCACAGACCCGGUGGUCUACGGCGUCAACAGCAAUCCCUUCGUACUUAAAUAUGGCGAGAUCAUCGAGAUCGUGGUGAACAACCAGCAUGAGAAUCUCCAUCCCAUGCAUCUCCACGGCCAUCAAUACCAAGUCCUGCAGCGUGGGUAUCCCGACACCGGCGGCAUAUGGGACGGGGUCUACGACAAGAACGUCUCUGCUACCCCUGUCCGAAGAGAUACUGUCAUGUUGAACAAGAACUCGUCAUCCGUGUGGCGUUUCCGGGCCGACAACCCCGGAGUCUGGCUCUUCCAUUGCCACAUCGAGUACCACAUCACGUCCGGUCUCGUCGCUACCAUUGUCGAAGCACCUGACUACCUCGGCAACCUCACAGUUCCGAAAGAUCACAUUGCCGCUUGCAAGCACUACGGGAUGUCUUACGAGGGGAACGCGGGAGCCAACACGAGAAAUCCUCUCGAUGUGUCUCUCCAGGUGACCGCAGCGAACGCUAGUGCAUUCUCCCCCAACUAUGGGUAA